GUUUGUGGAAUCAAGUGAAAUAUUUCGAAAGGUCGCGAUCUAGCGUUAAUAAGAUCAGUUUUAGGUUGUCAACGAGAGCUGCGCAAUGGAGAGCGACUCGUCCACUACAUCUUCUUCAUCUAGUGACGUGGUUGCGCCCAUAUCGAAGCCGAUGGCUGGACUGGUCGCGUCGUAUUUGUUGCGGUCGAUAGACUGGAAGAGCAAGCGCGUUGAAACAGAAGCAAAAGUCCACGAUUCAGUGGGCAAUACAGAAGACAGUGACAAUAUGGAGAGGCAAGAGCUACGAGAUGCGGAUAACGACGUGCCGGUAGAAGUGGAGGCUGAGCCAGACGCCUCUGUCGCCGUAGAGGAUGAGAUUUCAGAGGAGAGAACGGAGAUUAUUAGUGACAAGGAGUUUGAGGUGACGUAUCAAUGUCUCCCGGAUGUGGAGGCUAUUGGAGAUGAUGCAGUUGGAGAACUGAGUGGGCGACGGUCAAUGCAAUAUCUGGACGUGUUGUUGCAGACUGAUGAGCACGGGGUGGGACUGAAUAUGGGGGUGGAGAGAGUGGGGGAAGGACAAGUGCUGGUGGUACAGUCGUUCCGGAGGCUGAGUCAAAAGGAUGUUGGACCAGCGGAGGCUUGUGGGAAGAUUCGGGUGAGGGAUGUUUUACAUGCGGUGGAUGGAGAAGAAGUGUGUUCACUUCAGCAGUUGCAUACAAAGCUAGCAGAGAGACUGCGGAAGAGUCGGAAGUUCGUGCUGCUGCGCUUCCUUCGGCCUUUGCUUGGAGAUUCUGAUGCGAUUGAGACGUCAAUUUUUGAUAGAAGAGUCAGCGUUGCUGAUGGCAAUGAAACAAGUUGGUCGGAGGUUGAGACGCUGCUUCAUAGUAACCCAGUAAUCGCUGCUCUUGUUCGUCAAUUAGCCACUACGAACAAACUUCUCCAGGACCAACUACUAGCCAGUCGACUAAAACAGGAGGAGCAGAGUAUCCAACUUGAUCAACUUCAUGCGCUGUAUGCACGAACACAAGCCGAAGGUUUGCCACUUUUUUCACUGUCCAAGUCUAUCCGUCCAUUUUCACGUAAACCUGGCGCUACUAUUGGUGACGGAGUGGAGAACCCCACUCCCAACAAGAUUCAAACAGAACUUAUCGAAGCUGUGGACGCAGAGUAUACGCGACUAAGACAAGAGUUUCAACUGCAGUACACGCUCGAUAAGCGUGAGUUGGAGCGUAAGUACACAGAAAAAGCCCAGAAGAUGGAGGAGGCUACGAAAAAGAAAGUUGAGAUGCUGCAGCAAGGCUUUCGACACGCACUUAAUCACUACGCUGCGGAUCACUGCGCGUGUCAUUGCAAUGCGUAUACAGCAUCUGAUUACCCGAAUCAAACAGACAAAUGCAGUGCAAGUUUCAAAGACUCGGGGGAGCAAACAUUUCGACAGAUUCUGGAUCUGCUUACAAAGUAUGACGAGCUGAAGUUUAACCGGAUUGCAAAACUUCAGGCACUCGACUCUGUUACAGAUUCUCGUCUAAAUGUAAGCAAAUGAGAAAGUCACAUUAACGACCGAAAUGUUUCAGCCACUCGAGCAUUUCGUCGGUGUCGUAAUAACGAACAUCUUUGCCACCAAAGGUUACUUUUGUAACUUCGGAGACCCUGGGCGGAUUGGCAUGGUUGAUAUACUCGAGAAGGAGUUUUAAGUUAACCUUACUACGAGACACCUUGAGCUUCUGCGCGAUCUCCCCCACGCUGAGCCCCUCCUGCUGCCACUUGCCAAACAUUUCGAGCUUGAACGCUCUAUCAUCUCUCAUCUUCGAUAUGAUUUUCGACGCAAAAAUGUUUUCCUCCAAGCCGAGAAUUUGCCUAAGGCUGAUCGUUCUCACUUCGUCGAGAUCUUUGUCGCCUUUUGUCUCCGUAGUAGCACCGUGAGCUCGAAGAAACCUUGUGGUUUGGAUUUCCCCAGAGACGUUGGCCGCAAGGAGCGCUCCCCAAGAUGCACAUGUAGCGCAGACGCAUGAUUGGCGAAACUCCAGCCUGCUUUGUGUUUAUUAAUUAAAGUAUUGCGAAGCUCUCCAGCAUGACUGCUGAAAUAAAUCGCUGAGAGGCCGACUACAGUAAAAUACCUCAUCGUUGCAGAUUACUGGGAUGAAUUGGCCUGAG